UAUUACAUCGAGAUGAUGAGGGUAUUAUAAAAUGCUCACGAAAAUCUAGAAAACUACCAGUCCAUGCUGGAUGCUGUUAACGAUAACUCGGACCAAACAUGAGGGUUACUGGUGCUAUUUUGGUGAUUGCCGUUGUGGCCCUAAUCGGUGCAACAAAGGCUGACGACGAUGCGGAAGCUAAAAAGGCUCAAGCUAAGGAAAUGCUCCGCAACAUGGCUCAGGAUUGUAAAGAAAAGGAGGGAGCCACCGAUGGCGAUGUGGAUGGAUUUGUAGACGAAAAAACCCCAGAAACUAAGGUACAGAAGUGCUUGCAUUCGUGCAUGCAGGAGCAGUUUGGUAUUUCCGACGGAAAACAAUUUCAAAAGGAAGGUUUCAAACAAGUCGGUGCAAUGAUGUUUGGCAAGGAUGAGGAAAAAAUGAAACAAGUCAACGAAGUUGCUGAAGAAUGUAGCGGAGUCAAAAACGACGACCGUUGCAAUCUCGCCAUGGACAUAGAGAACUGUUUGAAAUCGGCUUUAGAAAAGCGUGGCAUCAAACAGGAAUAGUAACGUAUAUUCUGAACUUUGAAACUCUACUGGACUCCCUGGGUUUACGCUAAUGUUUAGAACGUAAGAUUUGAUUUCAGAGGCAAAUGAAAGGAUUGACUGUAUUUUGGCAAUAAGUAAAACAAUUAUACAUACGCUACCAAUAAAGCCCUUUAUUAGCAAGCUUA